AUGCCGGUUUGCACCUGUUUGGGGUCUUACGAACCGGAGCUUGACUGCGGAGUUCUGGGUGGUGAAGGCCUGGACAGCCGGGGGGGCUUUAACGAGAACUUCAAGCAUGUUCGAUUGUUCGAUGAUCAGGCCGACCCAUCGAAACUCCACGUCUUUGAGUGGUCUGACUUGGACGAGGAGGCCGAUGCGUUGAACAAGCGGCGGUUGAACGGAGAGGAGGUGCCGGCCAAAGAGCUCGAUGCGCUCAUCUCCGAGAGGAAGAAGGUGAGGCUCAAGGAGGGCCUCGAGCUCUUCGAUGAUUGGCUGCUACGACACGCCCGCAGCCUGAAGGAAGGCCGUCGCCUCGAGGUCGUCCUGGAGGCCCAUGUGCCCGCCAGAGAGGUGGAGCUGCACGAGGAGCCCUCCUGCGGCCCAGCUCCGAUCCCCCACAGCUGCAUCCGGUCGAUUGAGCAAGACUCUGACGAAGAUUCCGAGGACGAACGCGAUCCCGAUGAUGGCCAAGGCACAUACUUGGACUACCUGCGCCGCCGCUGCCUGGAGUCCAUUCCCAGCUUGAUGCAUGCGAUGGACCCGCGCGAGCUGGGUGACGAUGACCACGAAGAUCUCCGCGAUGCCUUCCAGGCUCUCCUGACCAAGCCUCUUCCGCCGGAUCCGGAGCUGACCGAGCUGGAGAAGACGGAUGCAAAGGCGGCGCAGGAGGAGGCGGUUGCCGGGGUGCCAUCGCGGAAGGCCUGCUUGUCUUGGUCGAGCAUCGGGACGUCGAUUGGGAUGUAG